AUGACAAACCUUCAGCCGCCCAAGACAGUCAAAGAUAUCAGAAGCUUCCUAGGACAUGCUGGAUUCUACAGGAGGUUCAUUAAAGAUUUCUCACAGAUAGCAAGGCCGCUAACACGCCUAUUAUGCAAGGAUAUUAACUUUGAGUUCACAGAGGAGUGUCACAAGGCUUUCACUAAGAUCAAAGAGGCAUUGGUCAGUGCGCCAGUGGUUCAACCUCCAAACUGGGAACUACCUUUUGAGAUAAUGUGUGAUGCAAGUGAUUAUGCAGUAGGAGCAGUGCUUGGACAAAGAAAAGACAAGAAGCUACAUGUGAUCUACUAUGCCAGCAGAACACUUGAUGAGGCACAAUGCAAUUCAUCUGAUCAUGCAGCAUUAAGGUAUCUCUUAUCCAAGAAAGAUGCCAAGCCAAGAUUGCUGAGAUGGAUACUACUAUUGCAAGAAUUUGAUCUUGAGAUCAAGGAUAGAAGAGGAGCAGAUAAUGGAGUAGCUGAUCACCUUUCAAGGAUGAGAGUUGAAGAAAAUCUACCUCUUGAUGAUAGGCUACCUGAAGAAACAGUUUAUGCAGCUGAAGCUAGCAAUAAGCAUGGACAACUAAGCCAUCACAGGCCAGGAACAAAGAUCUCAUCAUCAAACACACCAUGGUUUCGCCACAUAGCAAACUUCCUUGCAGCUGAAUACCCACCACCAAACUUCUUUGGCUACAGAAAGAAGAAGUUUCUGCGUGAUGUAAGAAGGUACUACUGGGAUGAACCUUACUUAUACAAGAAAUGUUCAGAUGGAAUGUUUAGAAGAUGCAUACCAGAGGAAGAGGUAGAAGGAAUAUUGUUUGCUUGUCAUAGUUCUAGCUAUGCAGGGCACUUUGCCACUUACAAGACAGUAUCCAAGGUCCUACAAGCUGGAUUUUGGUGGCCAACAAUGUUUAAGGAUGCUCAUGCAUUCAUAUCAAGAUGUGAUGCUUGCCAAAGAAUGGGAAAUAUAAGCAAGAGGAAUGAGAUGCCACAGAACUUUAUACUAGAAGUUGAAGUUUUUGAUGUUUGGGGCAUUGACUUUAUGGGACCUUUCCCAACCUCUUUUGGUGACCAAUACAUUCUAGUGGCAGUUGAUUAUGUCUCCAAAUGGGUGGAAGCCAUUGCCAGCCCUACUAAUGACGCACAAGUGGUCAUCAAGAUGUUUAAAUCCAUCAUUUUUCCAAGGUUUGGAGUGCCUAGGAUAGUCAUAAGUGAUGGAGGUUCACAUUUCAUAAACAGAAUCUUUGCCAACCUUUUGAAGAAGCAUGGAGUCACUCACAAAGUUGCCUCUCCUUACCACCCCCAAACUAGUGGACAAGUUGAGAUCUCAAACAGAGAACUCAAGAGCAUACUUCAGAAGACAACAGGCAAGACAAGAAAGGAUUGGAGUGCCAAACUAGAUGAUGCUCUAUGGGCAUACCGCACUGCCUUCAAAACACCACUUGGUACCACCCCCUUUCAUCUUGUUUAUGGUAAAGCAUGUCAUUUACCUGUGGAGCUGGAGUACAAAGCAGCUUGGGCUAUUAAGGAGUUGAACUUCAACCUAAAGACAGCAGGAGAAAGAAGAUUGAUUCAGCUGAAUGAGCUUGAUGAGAUUAGGCAUCUGGCUUAUGAGAAUUCAAAGAUCUAUAAGGAGAGAACCAAAGCUUUCCAUGACCGCAAGAUCAUCCCAAAGAACUUUGCGCCAAACGACCAAGUUCUACUAUUCAACUCAAGGUUGAAACUCUUUCCAGGAAAGCUUCGCUCAAGAUGGUCAGGACCAUUCAGGAUUAAAGAAGUUCGCCCCUAUGGAGCAGUGGUACUAUGGGACCCAAUGGGAGGAGACUUUACAGUCAAUGGACAAAGGUUAAAACCUACCUAG